AUGAACACAGACCAGCUAGAAUCAAUAAAAUUAAAGUUAACGCAAUCCCUCGAGAGUUUACAAGCUUUUCAAUUAGUUUUGUUAAACACUCAGAUGCCAAAUUGGGUUGAAAUAUUAAAUAAAUAUAACAAUCUACUUAGUCAUAUCCACAUUUUAAACUCAUUCUUAAUCGCUUCACAAACUAAUGAAAUGAACCCGAACAAUUCUUUAUUAAAAUCCGCUGUUUUUCCUAAGCAACCAAUAAAUCAAUCAGUUGAACACAUCUUACACGUACUUUUACGUACUAAACCAUACCCUCACAUUGAACAACAUGAGAAUGAUCUCAUUGAUACUUUAGAGUUAAAUAAUCAAGACGUCACUUCAACUAUAGAAGCUCACGAUGAGCGUAGCAAAAGAGCAAACUCUUUGACACAGCGUAUAAAGAAUCAAUAUGAUUGGAAAUUGAGAGUUCAAUUAGAGCAAGAGACUAGUUCCACACAACUAAACGAUCAAUUAGUUUCUAAUUUAGCUAAUUACAUGUCAACUGGUACUCUAGUUGACUAAAUUUAAUAUGCC